AUGCAUUCGGCACAAUGGUGGGAUAUGUAUGGAUAUUACACUCCUGAGCUAAAGAGGUUUGCUAUCCAUGUUUUAAGUUUGACUUGUAGCUCUUCUGGUGAACGCAAUUGGAGUGCAUUUGAAAUGGUUCAUACCAAAAAAAGAAACCGGUUGCAUCAACAAAGAAUGAAUAAUUUGGUUUAUGUGAUGGUCAAUAUGAGGUUAACAAAGAAAGAAACUAGAAAUGAGAAACCACUUGAAUUUGUUGAUAUUGAAUUUGAUGAUGAAUUUUUAACUAUCUUUGAUGAACAUGCUAAUAAUGAUGAUAAGAAUGUGCACCAACCCAUCCAUGUUGAAGUUAGUGUUGGUUGUGAAACUACCGGUUCAAGCAAUCCUUCGGCUUCACCUUCAAACAAUUGUGGCUUUGGUUCUAAUAUUGAAGAACCUUUAUCAUUUGGAGAUGAAUUUGAUCAAGUUGAAGAUGAAGACAUGGAUGAAAAUGAUGUUAUUAAAGGAUUGAACUUUCAAUUAAGUUAA